CUCCAUCAACAAAAACCACCCACAUCGUCGCGGCCAUUUCUCUGUGAUACCCCUUCCUAUUCUACCUCAACCUAUUGCCUGACAAUCUGUUGUGCUUUUACUCACAACAAAGUGCAGCGAUCCCUAACCUACCGAACCAGCUGCAUCCACGAUGCGGUUCUUGACUGCCCUCUCUGUCGUGGCGGUCGCCAACGGCGUUGCCGCCAGCACAUGGUUCCCCGGCUCUAAGCCUGUCUACAACAAAUGGCACGAGACCGAGUUGGAGCGCUGGCUUUCUGACCACGACAUUCCCUAUCCCACUCCCGCCGAUCGUAAGGACCUGGAAACACUUCUCGAGAAGAACUGGGAUUCCUAUGUCGUCUCCCCAUACAACAGCUGGGACACCGCCCAGCUGAGCUCCUAUUUGCAAGCCAAGGGCAAAGAGACCCAGGAAGAAGCCGCUGCCACCAAAGACAGCUUGCUGUCCCAGGUCAAGGCCAACUGGUACGAGACUGAGGACAAUGCCCAGUCCGCUUUCCUCAACGUUCGAGACUGGAUCCUUGACACAUGGACCGAGAGCCAGUUGAAGGCUUUCUGUGACAAGAAUGGUAUCCCUGUCCCUCAGCCUCGUCAGCGAGACACUCUUCUCCAGAAGGCCCGUUCUGGUUACGAGACUGCUGCCAAGAAGUCCAAUGAGGCUGUUUCGUACCCUGGAAACUGGCUGUACGAGACCUGGUCUGAGUCUGACUUCAAGGAAUGGCUCGACACUCAUGGUUUCCCUGCUCCCCAGCCAAUGACCCGCGACAAGCUCAUUGCCUCUGUGCGCCGCAACUCUCGCCUUGCCUACCUCCGAGCUCAAGACCAGGCCGCCAGCGCCACGGCCAGCGCUCAGGCUGCCUACGCUACUCUGACUGACAUGAUCAUUGACGCCUGGAGCGAGUCUCAGCUCAAGGAGUUCUGUGACAAGAAUGGCAUCGCUGUGCCUCAGGGUACCAAGUCCAACGAGCUCCGCGCUUUGGUCCGCAAGCACCGUGCCGAUAUCCUAGGAAACAACAUUGCUGGUAGCGCCUCCUCGGCCUUUGGUGCGGCCACCUCGAACGCACAGAACCAGUACGCCAAGGCUACCGACAGUGCCUCGCUCGCCGCUCAAGACGCUUUCAACAAGGCUGCUGGCACGUGGUCUGACAGCCGACUCAAGGCCUAUCUUGAUUCUCGUGGCGUUCCUGUCCCCCAGGGAUCCAAGAAGAAUGAGCUCGAGGCUCUUGUUCGCAAGAACUCGCACAUAGCUGCCCACGGAGGCAACGCGUGGACUUUCGAUGACUUCAGCUAUGACAACCUCAAGAAGUACAUCUCCAGCCAAGGUGACGCAACUGCCAAGAAGGUCGCGGACAAGAAGGAUGCUAGCCGUGAUGAGCUUUACAGUGCCGCCCAAUCGGCCUACUCUUCUGCCUCAUCUGCUGGCGGAUCUAAUUGGGCUUCUGCCACCAACUACCUCACCGCUGCGACUGCGUCUGCUAAGCAAAGCGCUUUCGACCAGUGGACCGAGACCGAUCUCAAGGCGUAUCUCGACAGCUAUGGCGUGCCCGUCCCCCAGGGCUCCAAGAUCGAGGAUCUGAAGGCUCAGGCCCGAAAGCAGUCUACGUACUUCAAGUACGGCACCAACUCUCCCGCGGAGACUUUCUUCGCUAAGAUCGGAGAGACUUGGAACUGGAUCACCAGCCAACUCAAGAUUGGCGGUGAGGCUGCUAAGCAGAAGGCUGCUGAGACGGAAGAGGAUGCCAAGGAGAAGAUUCGUGAGGACCUGUAAUGCCAUUUAGCUUGGUGUACUGGAUGAGAUGACAACAUCCUCCGAGCAACAUUGCGUUGCAGUUGAAAGACACUAGGCCGGUGUUUCGGCAUCUGUCAGCGUGAAGAAAAGGCAAGAAGAAGAUGAUGAGAUCGAAGUGAUCGGAUAUCACUUAAUUACUGGUUUCGUGCAGGCUGCGAUUUUGCGCUUCGUUUGCUUUAGCAAGUAGUCAUGUAUUAUGAAUUGCCCUAUGAAUUCUUGACUUCGGCAUUUCCUAGAG